AUGCAGUGUUCUUCCCCAAUUUUAGGCUCCAAUCAGAAUCUAGAUGGUAAAUUUGGGAAGAAGAGGGCAGAGGAAGGGAAUUCUAAGUCAGUGGUAAAAAUAGAUCUGGCUGAUAUUGAGGAUGAGAUCCUUUUUUGGAAUUCUGCGUUAGUGUGCUAUGUUCUAGGGGCCAAUCCUCCCCUCAAUGUUUUUUAUGGCUAUGUUAGAAGGAAAUGGAAGGAUAAAGGGGUGGACAAGGUUGGGCUACUGGCUCCAAGUGUGUUUUUGGUUCGGUUUCAGGCCAUAAACACUAGAGACGAAAUUCUUCAUGGAGGCUAUCUGUUCCUGGAUAAAAAACCAGUAGUGAUGAAGCCAUGGGAUGCCUACUCUGAUUACUCAAAAGAUGAUGUACGCUCGGUUCCGAUAUGGGUUCAACUACACAAUUUGGAUUUGAAGUAUUGGGGAGAGCGAUCUUAUUCAAAAAAUUUGGGCAAUUGGAUGGGUCAAGAAUUUCCUGAUACCUUAUCAUUUCUGAAUGAGAUUCAUCAGGAAAUUGAAGUGAAAGUUAAGUAUGAAUGGCUUCCUGUUGUUUGUGGUAAUUGUAGUGGGAUGGGCUGUAACGACCCGACUUUUCUUAACUAG